AUGAACCUGUUUUGUACCGCCACCGUGAGGGCUUGCAGCGAUGACUCAGAUCUGAUCAGCUUUCAAGGACUCAAGCAUGGAAAGGCUUUUGAGCCCUACCUUGAGAUUUUGGAAGUAUAUUGCACAAAGGCCAAGAAUUAUGUAAAUGGACAUUGCACCAAGUAUGAGCCCUGGCAGCUCAUUGCCUGGAGUGUCCUGUGCACCCUGCUGAUAGUCUGGGCAUAUGAUUUUGUCUUCCAGCCAGAGAGCUUAUGGUCAAGGUUUAAAAAGAGAUGUUUUAAGCUCAUCAGGAAGAUGCCUAUUAUUGGUCGCAAGAUCCAAGAGAAGGUGAACAAGACCAAGGAUGAUAUAAGCAAGAACAUGUCAUUCCUGAAAGUGGACAAAGAGUAUGUGAAAGCUUUGCCCUCUCAGGGCCUGAGCGCGUCGGCAGUUCUGGAGAAGCUCAAGGACUACAGCUCUAUGGACGUCUUCUGGCAGGAGGGGAAAGCCUCUGGAGCAGUGUACAGCGGGGCGGAAGAGCUCACCCAGCUCCUGGUGAAGGCUUACGGAGAUUUUGCAUGGAGUAACCCGCUGCAUCCCGACAUCUUCCCGGGACUGCGAAAGAUCGAGGCAGAGAUUGUGAGGAUAGCUUGUUCCCUGUUCAGCGGGGGGCCGGAUUCCUGUGGCUGUGUGACCUCUGGGGGAACAGACACACACACACACGCCUGCAAAGCUUACCGGGACCACACACACACACACGGGAUCAAAACUCCAGAAAUUGUGGCCCCCCAAAGACACACACACACACUUGACAAAGCAGCCAAUUAUUUUGGGAUGAAGAUUAUACGGGUUCCACUGAACAAAAUGAUGGAGGUGGAUGUUCGGGCAAUGAGGAGAGCCAUCUCCAGGAACACGGCCAUGCUCGUCUGUACACACACACACACUCCUCAUGGUAUCAUCGAUCCUACACACACACACACCAAGCUGACACACACACACACAAUACCUCUUCAUGUAGAUGCUACACACACACACACCCUCAUCGUCUUUAUGGAGAAAGCAGGAUACCCACUGGAGCAACCAUUUGAUUUCCGGGUGAAAGGUGUGACCAGCAUUUCGGCUGAUACCCACAAACACACACACGCCCCCAAAGGCUCCUCCGUACACACACACACACACAAGAAGUACAGGAGCCAUCAACACACACACACACCAGACUGGCAGGGCGGCAUCUAACACACACACACACUCGCGGGCUCCCGGCCCGGAGGACACACACACACACGUUGGGCUGCCCUGAUGCACUUACACACACACACACAUGUUGAGGCCACCAAACAGAUACACACACACACACGCUUCCUCAAGUCAGAACUGGAAAAUAUCAAAGGCAUCUUUGUUUUUGGGAAUCCCCAGUUGUCAACACACACACACACCUCCCGAGAUUUUGACAUCUACACACACACACACACGAUGACUGCUAAGGGCUGGAACACACACACACACACGUUCCCACCCAGCACACACACACACAUCACGCUAGUACACACCCGGAACACACACACACACCAGUUCCUAAAGGACAUCCGGGACACACACACACACAUCAUGAAGAAUCCUAAAGCAAACACACACACACACGGUGCGAUCACACACACACACACGACGACCGUCGACAGGAACCUGACACACACACACACCUCAGUCUUCUUGGACAGCCUUACACACACACACACUGUAACUCAGAGCAGCCAGAUGACACACACACACACACCCCGCUGA